AUGGUUUGGUCCCAGGAGGUUCAAGAUGUCUUGGAUUUAUUUCAUCUCGACUUAGUUUCUUAUGUGAGAUUAAUCACAUAUUUAUCAUAUAUAUGUAUUUUGAAGGAUGAUGUGCUGCGUAAGAUCAGCGAAGAUAUUGAGACAGAAUUGGUGAUUGGACUUGAGAAAGGCACUCCAGAAGCUACGAUUGCAAUGUUACCAUCAUUUGUUCCUGCGCUUCCAGAUGGCAGUGAGAAGGGGAAGUAUAUAGCAAUCGACUUGAGUGGUAAGAAUUUACGUAUAAUGUUGUUGACAUUGAAAGGAGAACAUCAAGAACCCGAACAAAUCAAUCAUAAUUUCAUCGUACCAACAACCGUUAUGAAAGGCACUGGUGAUCAGGCAAGUCAUCACUCAUCUCUGUUCACAUUCAUCGCGAAUUGUUUAAUGAAAUUUCUGAAAGAAGUUGAUCUAUUGGAAGCGAAUCUCCCGAUCGGUUUUGUAUUCUCAUAUCCGUGUGAAUUGUCGUCAAUACGAUCAGCACGUUUGUUGUGGUGGACGAAAGGUUUUGAUAUUCAAGACUGUCUUCAAAAGGAUGUGGUUAGGCUACUCGAAGAGGCUCUCGACUUGAAUAUGCUAACAAACGCAAAAGUGAAAGCAAUAAUGAACGAUACGGUUGGGCAGUUGGCUGCGGCUGCAUUUAAAUAUGGUGAUGAGUGUACGAUUGGAGUCGUGAUUGGAUACGGAUGUAAUUCAUCAUAUCUGGAGGAAACAGCAAAGAUCAAGAAAUUCGACGCAGCAGCGCAUCAUUAUAGGCAUGAAAAGAUGGUUGUUGUCACCGAGUGGGAGGAAUUUGGUGCACAUGGCAAACUCGCUCACGUUCUCACACAGUUUGAUCACGAAAUCGAUAAUGCAUCUGUUCACAAAGGAAAACAAAUGUAUCUAUUUGCUGUCUGCAGUAUCUUGAUUUUCAAAAUUUUCAUCGUUCCGUUCACAUUCAUUUAUCCGAAGAAAAUGAAGCGCAAGCACUUCAAAAAAUUCUUGAUCGACAAAUUGACGGGUGCUUUAUAUUUGGGCGAUUUGGUGCGUCGUAUCUUGGCUCAACUUGUUCUGGACGGAUUUCUAUUCAGCGGAAAGCCAUGCGAGAAGUUGGAAGAAGCCGAUUCGUUCCCCACCAAAUAUAUCUCAGAAAUUCUUGGGGAGGACGAGGAUAGCUUUAAAGUGUGUCGACGAAUUUGUGACGAAAUGGACGUUCCUAGUCAUUGCGCGUACGAUUAUGAAAUAAUUCGUGAGGUGUGUCAUGUGGUCUCGAAACGAUCUGCGUGCAUUGUUGCGGCUGCUGUAUCAGCAUUGCUACGCCAUAUGGGACAGAAAAAGAUCAAGAUCGGCGUUGGUGGCGCACUGAUACAGUUCCAUCCCACUUAUCAUGUACUACUCGAAGAGAAAUUGAAAAGUCUAGCACCUGAGGACGUCAAGUGGGAAUUGGUUCCUGCCGACGAGGGAAGUGCAAAAGGAGCAGCGAUGCUGGCUGCAGUAGUCGAGAAGAUGGGUAUCUAA